AUGAAUGGGCAGAUUCCCUUCGAUGCAUUUCCCUCCAGUGCUCAGCAGCAGCUGAAGAUGCUCGACACCAACGGAGAUGGUGCUCUUGACACAGAUGAGAUACUGGCUGGGCUUGCGACAUUGAAAAGAGAACAGUACAAGUCGAAGAUGUAUCGAAACUUUCUCAUCGCACUUGGAGCGCUUUCCUUGAUCAUGUUAGCCUCAGUGUUUGGCUUGACGUAUUCAGUCAUUCAGAUUACAAAGGAAAGCGAAGUAAAAGCUGGAGGAGUUCUUACAGUGAGGGGAACAAGCGAGCCUGUCCGUGUUGCUUCGACAGAGUUUGACGUCAGGAAUGGGACUCUGACAUCUCGCACGAUGCUCAACAUGUCUUGCUCCAACGGCACCUGCCCUGCAAGCCCGAUUAUGACUGCUCAAUCUACCAGU